CCAGUCAGGUGGCGAUCCAAUAGUUCUGUCAUUAUCAGGUAGCAUCUCUUGCAGCUUGAAUUUCAAUCGAAAGAAGGAAUCAUAUACGUCAAAGAGCAUGUCCACAGAUGAGCGACACCUGCUCAUCAUGGUUGAAAGGCUGCCUGAUGAGAUCGCACAAGUGUACAGCCGAACAAAGCACAAGAAGUCCUUACAACACAGAAAUUCCUUCAAGCACCGCAAGUUGAAAGACAAAGGUGGAGAGUGUGGUGAAAGUGAUGGUGCAGUGUUGUCUCCAGCAGCACGUGAAACUGGAAAGCCCACCACAGUAUCGUCAUCCCGUCUUCCCAUGUCAUUGCCAAUGUACAGUCGUAGCAUUAGUUUGCCAUUAACUCAUGAGGAAAAAACAGAAGCUGGUAAUCAGAGUUUGAAAGUCAAGGUCAAAGUUGAGCCUAGAGUUAAAAUAAAGAUUAAAUCAAACAAGAGAGGAGGGUCCCAUGAGUCAAACAAGGUGUUGCGGAAGAUCAAGAUACGCAGGAUCUCCCAUGAUGCUUUGCCACCCAGCACGCCUGAAACUGAUGUGAACACUGACGUAAGAGCUCCCAUUACCAAAAAUUGUGAAGAAGGUAGUAGCAAAGAACCAUCUGAAAAGUAUGAAAUUGUUUCAUCAUCUGGAAAGGUAACAAACUUUCAUGAAGAAUCUGGUGGCGCUAGUGAAGAAUCUGGUGCUGCUAGUGCUUCUGAGCAGACCACUAUCACCAAAGGCAAUGUUGAGGCCUGGCUUAGAGAUCAUGUUGGCGAGACAAGUGAAGGAAUGAAAGAGGACGCAAACAGUGUUUCAGAAGGAUCGGUCUUCAAAGAGACUAACACUUCUGAUGAAUCUUUAGUCGACCAAGACACCGAGUCAUACAACACUGACCAAGAAGACUUAGUGGAAAGCGAUGGGUCACAGAGGACAGAGAUUGAUGCCACCAAUUGCACAAGUUCAGACACCGAGAUUGAGGAACCAGAACAAUGCCAGCCAGAAGUAGCCAGCUUCGUUGAUGUGGACACUGCGGCAUUGAUGUCAGAUGAAGGAUCCUCUCAUAGUGACAUGCUGCACGAGUGCUCUACUGCGUUGGAACAAAUAGUGUCAGAAGUUUGUGCUGAGGAACAUCUGCCAAUAGAAGAAGACAGGGACAGCUCUGACAAUAAUUGUGCUGAAGACGUGAUGGCAGAAGCAGGGCUGCAUGAUUCACCUUCACCGUCUGCAGAAACGAGGGACAUAUCAGUGCAACCGAGUGAGGCUGUAGAAGAAGUAGCCAUAGCUGAAGUACUUGACGACGAUGAACUUAAUGGCGAUGAGCAAGGGCAAGCUGUGUUGCCUAUAGAUGUCAUUGACAUCACUGACGACGCAUUUGUGCCGACUUCUCAAGUAGGAGAACCCCAACCACGUGCAAGAACAGAUAUGCCACCUGAUUCAUCUACAAGUGAAUCAAACUCUGGCAAAACAUCAUGUACGGUGGAUGUUGUAGACCUCACGAGUGACGAUGUUGACUGCUAUGUUGUCAGUCCCGAGAACUGUGGUAACGUGACAGCUGACCCUGAGGUGACGGCUAACCUUGAGGUGAUAACUGCCUCGGAGGUGACAGCUCCUGAGGUGACAGCUCCUGAGGUGACAGCCCCUGAGGCGACAGCCUCUGAGGUGACUGCUGCCUCGGGCAUGACAGGGGUCUGCAUGGCAGCAGCCAAAGAACUUGACUUGUUUGCUAACAUGACCAUCUUAGCGAGUUGGGACAUAGAGGCAGAGUCGAUACUCGAGUGCGCAGGCGAAUAUUUAGGCCACCUAGAAAAGUGUUUGACAAGCCUGGAUCUAAUGGAAGAAGCAUUCAAGAGCAUGCUUGUCACUUCACUGCAGAAAAAGGGUCGUGUGUUCAAGCAAAUCUUUGUGCUGCUGAAAAAAUUGCUCCGCCACUCUGAGCAACUGAACAGAGUUCAAUCUAUAGAAUCUGGCUUUUGUGUUCUUUUGGGAAUUGAAGCCCCAUCACAAACUUUGCCUAGCUAUCAGAUCUCCGGCACAGAAGCAAAGGAACCAAACAGUGCUACUAAAGCUCUUAUCCAACGACUUUCGGCUGCAGUAGACGAUGACCAUGCGAGAGUCCCAGUUGAAAAGACUUCUAUAGCUCAAGAGGUUCCUUCAGUUCAGCACAGACCUCCACAGCAGGCAAACAGUGCAAACGGGUGUGGUUCGAAUGCUGUCAACACAAGGUGCUUGAAAGGCAAUUUUAAUCCAGCACCAUAUCAGCGUCCAAGAAUGACAUGGAGAAAUCUAGUGGCUGUUGCCAAUAGAAGAGAGCGGGAAUGUGCGGCAUUUAGAGCUGCUGCUGCUGCUAUGCCCGUGGUUUCACAGGCAGGUCAAAGGAGACCUGUAUUAGGGAUGCCAUUAAUGCAGAGCAACAGAGCAGCCUUGCUCGCAACUUCUCGUGUAAAUUUGGAGAGCCGCGUCAGUCUUCAUUGUGACAGGUCGUCGUCGUCAUCAUCACAAUCAACAUGUAGCGUUCCAAAACAGCAGCUCGUCUCAAGGGGCACAACACAGCAGCUCAACUCAAGGAGUACAACAGCAUCGAACUUGCAGCCAAUCAUACAGAGGCAAAUCUACCAUGGUCAACCAGCGCUCCGGCAAGGCAGUGACUCAAAAGUCUCUACAUUACUAAAGGAGUUGAAGCAGAUUGCCAGUGGGAGCCCCUCAUCUUCAAGCACAAGCUCUGAUGCAAGGGAGAAGGUUGUCACUCUGGAUGCCAAACAGGCGCAGCCUUCAAGGCAAGCUACUGUAGAGUCAACCAGUGUUGCUGCAUCUCCGCUUCUCUCUGUUACGUCAGCAUCCCUUAGCCGCCAAAUCUCAGUGUUGCCAGUGGCCACCGCAGGAUGUAGUAGCAAGGUCACAGUACUACCCGUAAACGUGACAGUCUUGCCUGCUACAUCAGCUGCUACUUCAUCCACCAUAACCACAAACACCACCGACGCAUCUGUAGCAGGAGGAGCAAAAGCACUCCCACAGGCCUCGUCUUCCAGGGCGAGCCCUCACAGCAUUCUGCAAAAACUCCAGCGAAACCUGGGUCUGACGGUGAGGCCAGUACAGCAGAAGGAGAAGCUAGCCAAAGACAGUACUGCUACAGAUGGGAGUCCGUUGCAGAAAAAUGUCCCCGCUGAUGUCACCACUUCUUCGAGUGAAACAGCAUCAGUAUCCAGGAACAACGUCAUUGCCAUACCUUCGGGUCUGAGCAUAACAAGUGCACCAGCAAGGGUGUCAUCAGCCGAUAAGGCUGCAACCAAGACAGCCGAACAAGUGGCAGUAAUACAGCUUGGCAAGGGCAACCAGCGCCAAUUGCCUCUUCCCACGGCCAAACCAACAACAGCACCUACAGCGAGCACCGCACCUGGCAUGCGUGUCAACAUGGCCGCGUUGCAGCAGUCCACAAGUGCUGCAGCAGCGCAAGCUGCACUUCAAAGAACAGUAAACGCAAGUGGGUCAGCUUCGAGAACUGUGCCGCCUCAGCAGCAAAGGCCUGUUGUCUACAGCAGGCAUGUGGUCGAUGCGAGGCCCACACAGACUUCCUCCGCGCACCCUUCCCCUAUUGUGUCUAGGCCUGUGACAAUAGUUGCAAGUUCAGGGACUGCGGCACCACCUGCAUCAAAAACCAGUACCGUGACGACGACUUCCCAAAGACUGCUGUUGCCAAGGCUGCCUGCGGGAGUGGUUCAGCCGGCGAGCACAGUUCCUAGGCAGACUGUACCCAAGCAGCCACCAGUACAGGCUGCCACAAGCGUUGCACCAGUUUUAGUGCAAGCCACAACGCUGCAGGACGUUCGGUGGUCCCAACACCAGCAGAAUCAGCAGUUGUGCCUGACUGUGCCAGGGUUUCGUGUGGUGCAGUCACCCAGCUUUCAAAGCAGAGCAGUGGUCGUACCACCGCCACCGCCUCUGCAAUGGUGUGGUCCCACCGUGGCAGUUGGGAGACCUGUCUCUACCAAUGUCUGGCGCCCGCCCAUCGCAGUUCCAUUCCCAUGGGGAGGCUUUGCGCCACAAGACCCUCGCUUUGUGGCUAGGGCACACCCAAGUGGACAGCGAGUGCUUCCUGGGCAAGCCAUGCCAACACAGCAGCCAAUACUGCCGCAGCCUCCACCAUACCACAGAUAACCCCAAGUUCACCCUGGGCCCCUCCUCUUCUGCCUUCUAGGUAGCAUCGGCUCUGAUGGCCUCUGGCAGUAUUCAGUUUUCAAGGCUAGAAUCUUUUUUUGUAUAGUGCAUUUGGUACUUUUCAUAUGCAAGGCAUGUAUUGCGAUUGGAUUCAGCUCACUUAGUGUGUAUUGUGUGCAGACAACAUAAAGAUAUACUCAGUCUUUCUUGUACCAAAAUUAUAAUGCAGUUCUCUUCCUGUUGGGCUUGAGCAGGAUACCAGAUAAGCACAUGUUCGAUGCCCAAGUCUUUAAUACAUGAUAAGUUAGGCCUUUUAAUAGUAAAACUAUAGCAUUCCUAGAAAGUUGGGCUCUGACUUAGCCUGACAAAGACUGUCCUCCUUCUGAAAAUAUGGGCUCCAAAGACCUCGUUUAACUGCUGUUGACCACCUCAGGUUGCCAUGUACCAAAGUACUUACACUACUGGCUUAAUGGGUUUGUAAAAGAAAUAUUAAAACAGUUUCAGUCUUUAAAAGAACAUACAGUGGUCAGAAUAAAUCCUACGAAUAGUUCUUCAAAGCCUGCAUCAAAGCAUAUAACACCAUCAGUUCUAGUGACUCUUAAGACAUGUUUUGCCACCCGUUUUCUUCCUUUCAAGUCUUUGCAAUAAGUUCAUUGGUAAUGUUACACCACAGGGCAAUUCUUUAUCACCUACGUUCAGCGUAUAGCAUGUGGCGUGGCUUUCACUCCACUGACAUGUGGCACUGCAUGAUGCAAUAGUUAAUCUUCCUCGAAGUGACCAACCAAGAAUAUUACUUCAAGUAUACUUCUAGUGCUGUUUUGCACUUAAGAUAAAUCCGUCGUUUGCCCUCUUCUGUUACACAACGCAGCAGUAUAGAGCAUGUUCACGAGCUAGGCAGAAAGGAGCAAGCCACAUAAUUUCAUAUGACUAGCAACAUAACUGCAGGAAUCGAAAUUGCUGUGCUUACUUUAGGGCCAAUGCAGUGCCACUCAAAACAUUCACAAUGACAAAGGAGAAUAAGACCUGUGAAUUGGCUGCACUUGUAAGUACAUUUAUCCCACGUUAAGUCUGCACAACCAUUUAGUCGGACCUGAAUAUGAACAGUCACAGGCUAUGUUGAGCGUCAGCCACACUCAUAGUCUAAUGCUGUUGGGUGGGAAUAUUCUCAACCUAUAUGUAUCUUUAUAGCAUUUUUAUGUGAGCCUAUAUCAUUUAUUCAAAGAAACCGCGCAUUCGAACCAUGCAACGCAAUUCACUGCACUCACAGCAGCCCAAUUGGUCACUGUGCAAAACUUGAAUGCUUCCUGAGCAAGCGGUUCUGCUAGAAGAGUGUUUUGUAUUUGGCUC